AUAUCAGUUAGAUCAUGUUUUCUUAUCACAUACAGAUAAUAAAUAACAUCUUAUAUCGAUCAAUGGUGACAAAUCGCGAGUGAUUAAAAACCUUUUAAAAGUAAACAAUAAAAAAAUAAUUAAAAAGUUUCGGUGACUGUGACAAGACAAAAAGUUUGCGACAAAUGAGGUUAGUGUUAUUGAAAACGAAAAAAGAACAGUGAGCGUGACAAUGACAUUGUGUUAAACAGCCAGUGAAAAAUAACAGUUUUCGAUUCUCGCAAUAAAAACAAGAGUUGGAUUUCGGAACUAAGCGCGACGGAUUUGUUCGGAUUUGUUGGCUUUAGUUGACGUCUGACAGUUUGUUGUCGUUUAGAAACAAAGCCGGGUCGAAGGUGACACUAUGCCCCAGAUUUUUUUCAAAAAAGUAAUGGUGGUGCGAGAUCGGGCGGACUUCGAGAAUGCCAGUUACGUGAUCAACAGACGAUAUUCGAAGGGCAAGAUGUCGCCGGUUUGCCACAACUUCGUGCAAAACGCCUGGAAGAAGGACUUCUGCUCCAACUGCUUCAAGUCGCGCGAGGAACACGUCAAACAAGAGAGGCAGACAGACGGAGCCAAGUAUCUCGCUACUCCCUUCCAAAACAGAAGCACAUUCUUCAAGAAAUCACCACCGAGCAUUCUUAAAACACAUCCAAAGAAGAAAAGCAAACGAAACGUCAGAUUCCCUGAAGCAGUAUGCAGCGUCAUAGGCUACGGAGGCGACGACUGGUCUGAUGGAGAAGAAUUCGAAGUGUCGGAAGAAAACGAGGACGAAGAUCCUUUCCCAGACACCGAGGAAGAAAGGGAGCUUCACAGAAUCACAAAAAGUAACACAGACUUCAAUACUGUUAAAGCUAAUCUUCUAGGAGAUUCUACAGCGAAAUCGUACACUUCUUUAAUGCUUGGAAAGAUGCAGACAGAUUCAGACGGCAAAAAGAAAACUUUGAUGGUCUCUGUAACUCCAUUCGGUCAAGAUAAGGGUCCUAGUAUUAAGUCUCACAUUCGCAAACCCGCCGUUGUAAAUGUAUCCGACCCACCUUCAGACGAUACGUCGAAUAGUUAUAAAACGAACAUAAUUUUAUCAUCCUACAUAAAAUCAGAAUCUGAAACUAUAAUCAGUUCUGAAGGUGUGAAUACUACUACAGAAGGAAUAUGCACAGAAAAGUCUUUGUUGGAAGAGAUAUCAGAGACUCUUAAACAGAAUAGAAUUGCUAACGGCACAGAUAUAAAUUUGACAUCUAAUGAAAGCAGUAAACCUGCAGUGGUUGAAGGGAAGAUGAAAGAGAGUAUGUCUGAUGACUUUGACAAAAAAGAGAUGACUGAAACGAAAAAGAAUAGCCUUGUUAGGAAAUCGCCACUCCCAAAAACUCAGGAGAGGCCUAAAGUAAAUCUCAGUCGAUCAGAGUUCAAAUUCUGUAAAAUAAAUAUUGAAAGUAGUAGUGUUGACUCUGCUGUGGGUACUCUUAAUUCUACAGCUAACAACUCUUUAGCUUCUGACGAUGAGAGCUUUAGUGGACGAACUGAUUCCGACAACGACGACAGCGGUCACUUUUCAGAGCCAUCUAAAGGCGAAGAAACAGUUAAGAUAAAAGUUUUCAAUGAAACAGAUAAGAACAUUAAAAUGUCACCAGUUGGUCAGCUUAGAAAAGUUGAUGGUCAAGCUAAUAGUGGUUACUCUACAUUCCAGAGUCCUAUUAUAGAUAUGCCUCCAAUAAUACCGAAACAACCGGAGACAAUUUUCUCUGCUGACGCCAGUCGGGAGUUAGCUGGUGAACCAGACGGAAGGGCAGACCCAGAUGAGUCUAUGGAAGCACCUGCACUACCUAACAGUCCCAUACCUGUGAUGGAUCCGCGACCAUCCUUCUUACACGGCAUCAUUACUGAAAUCAUGCCCAGCAACAAACCGGCUGUGCCAGAGAAACCGAAACUGCCAGUCAAACCAGUAAUAAAACAAACUACAAAGAAAAGCGUAAUUACAACGCACCAACAACAGACUGUUAUGCAUUUACAAAUAACGAAGAAGGAAGAAGAAGAAAAAGCCAUAAGAUGUUUAAGCGAGGAGAAAAAUAAUGAAAUUACAGAAGUUCAAGAAGACAAGUCUGAAACUAUCUACUAUGCAAAACCAGUACUGACAAAACAAGACAGUGAUACGUCCUUACACAGCCUUUGUAAGCGAAAAGCACCAACACCACCAUCAUCACCCUCAGCCCAUUCCGAAGACAGUAACAUCAGUAAUAUUUACCAAAGAAAUACAAACGGGUUCAUGAAAUCUGACUCACCUGUUGUCAGGGAAAUGGAGAAGAGAGAGCGGGCUACUAUUAGUGCGGCAUCUUCGGUGCCCAAACCAAAACCUGUCGAAGAACCUGUCCAGAUACAAGAAACCAAGAAAGCUGACAUGGCUCCAACUCCCGAACCCGCACCAAGGAGAAACAUCUCUUUAUCCCACGACAAUUUACUCCUAGAAGAAAAGCGUAAGGGUAAAUAUAAGUUUUCGAUCAAAAAACUGCUUCGCAUUGGUUCAUCGAAGGACUUGGAUAAGAAAGAGCUAACUGUCCCUGUUAUCCCUAAACUGUCGAGUAAACCUGAAGAGAUUUACGAUUACGCGCCAAAGCCGAAGCCUCGGCUUGUUAUCAUUCACCCUUUAGAUAUAAAUGGGACAAACGUGGAAGUGGUGAAACCGAAUGAGAUUUCGGAGUUGCGUCGAUUGAGCCAUGAUGACGUAUCGUCGAUAUACAGUGGUAGUAGUACAACUGAAGGUGAAAGCCCGAAGAUUAUAAGCAAACCUCCUCCUCCGCCACGUCAGUCCAGUGAAGAUAACAAAGCGGUCUCGAGUGUGCCGAAACCUGCAAGACCACCGCCCCCAAAGUCUGCUGCGUUGCAGAAGAAGCAAAAACUGCAAGCGUGGGCAACACCCCCUACGAAGCAAGAUAAUAUAUACGCUAAUUUAGGAGAGAUCAGAUCAGCCCUUGCCCCAAGGAAACCCGAACGGACGGCGAGCAUGCGCGAGAGAGAAGCACAUUUAGAGCUACCAAAACGUAGAAACGCUAUCGAUGACGACAAAGAUGAGGUCGACGAUGGUCCGCAAGAACUAGUCCAAGCCACUAACGAGCCAGUAAUCCACAGUUACGAUGACGUGUACAACUCUAAAUACGACGAAGAAGCGUGUGAUUCAGCGAAAAAUAGUGACAGCGAUUAUGAAUACGUUCACCAUCAGCGAUCGAGUUCUCCGGAAUGCGACGCUGCGAUCAAACCUAGAGAGAAUGUCGAAACCAGAAACGAAGCAAGGAAAAGCGACGGCGAGAGCAAUGGCGACUUCCCGAAAUACGUGAACAGCUUCAACAGGACAUCUCUACCCUACUGCGGCAGCGAAACCGAAUCUGAAAUCUACUCUCCGUAUAGUUUCUAUAGCCCGGCUGACACAAUCGACAGUCCCACAAACGAUGAUUACCAAAACGACAUGACCCCAAAAACAACCACAAACAAACUCAGAGUAAGGAAAGGUAGAAGCGUGGUGCACAAGAACUUGGAAGAUAAUUACGGCGCCGUCGUUAUAGCGAAUCACGAAGCGCUCGCGCAGGUUUUAGAACAGGUACAACAAAGUGCAACAAUGCAAUCAUCACUCCGCGGACUGAAAGCGUGCACUAACCUCCGAUGGAGUGACUUCUCUAUCCAGCCGCUGAAGACUUUCGUCAAAGCUGGCAAGAGGAUCUUCUACCCGGCCAUAUGGAACUCCAGUCAGGGGCCAGUAAAUGUGACCCUGAUGCUUCAUAAGGAACAGAUGGCAUCUCAGAUGAUCUGCCAGCAAUCUGUGCAACCUCAAACGCUGAGUCUGAACGCAAUCACGGAGUUUUGCGAUCUUGUGCCACUUCAACAAUUUGGCGAGGAAGGAGAAGAUUUAGUGCAAGCUACAAUCGUCGUUCUAGCGCACGCUCAAGUCGACACCAUCCAGUCUUACGGCGAGAGUCUCCACGCCGGUGAAGGUCUCACCACCAAGGAAUACCAAUUGGUGCAGACUGAGCAAAUCCAUGAAGCUAUAUUCAUGAUGCUUCAACUCAUCAAUGGAUUGAAAUGCCUCCAAGCGAGAGGCGUGGAGGAGGUUUCUGAGACUCUAACGUCAUUCAUCGCGUUAAAGGAGAUUCAGCCGAUAUCUCAUGGAAGCACGUUGAAUCUACCCUCGCCUGAUGAUAGGCUGAACUCGCUGUGGGCACCGAAGACUAACAGCUAUGGACGAUUAUGCAUAUUACAAGGAUUGAGCGAAGAGAUCAACUGCAGCAAAACAGCAGACGACGAACAUCUCAAUUCUCUUUGUAAAUGUGCUAUCAGGGCCGUCGAGAUCUUACUACCUGGCGAGAAACUGACCCCACUCUUGAAAGAACUAUUGGACCAAGAGCGUGCUAUAUCACUGAACCAGGCGAAAUCUGUCCUUGAAUUCAUGCUCUGGGGGCCUUUAGACGUAGUUCAAGGGGUACCAGUCGAGGAAAGAGAGCUUUCGCUACAAAGGUGGUUGGACCUAGAAAGGGCGACGGUUUUACACGGAUUGGUGAGGACAAGGGUCCAACUAAAUGUGUUCGAGCAGUUGCAUUUGAUGUUCUUGGUGCGGUCGACGGCGAAGGCGAUGUGUGAAGCGUCUGUCCUACUGGAAAAAGCAAACGUUUAUUGAAUUGUAAAAUGUUUAUUAAGCUUUAUUGGGGAUGCCUCGUUUAGUUCGGGAUUUAAAGAUUUUUGUUUAACUUCAAAUUACUUAUUUCUGAUAUUCAUGUGCUGUCGUAACAUAUGUUUGGGAUUCCGUGAUUAAUAGGGAUUUAUUUUAUUUUAUUAAAUAUACUUACAGGUACAUAAUACGUACAAAGUUAUUGUUAUUCUGAAUCUUUUUUGUUAUAUUUUAAAUCAUUUUGUAAAAUAAAUACGAGGCGUCCCAACUUAUUUCUAAGUUUUAUUUAGAUUAGUUAGGCACCUGAAAGACUUGAUUAUAUUAGUUUUAAAAGUUGUUAUAUUUUAUUGUAUUUAAAAAAAAUGCAUUGUCGAAUAUUGAACUUAACUUGCCAAGGGCAUUUCUGUUUGAAUAUAACGAAUAAUGACGAUUUAUUGCUAACGUCCUUGACAAAAUGGCGCGAAUUAGGAUUUAUAUUUUGCCAUCAUUCAUUAUUGAAACAAUAUUAUGAAAGUGUGACAAGGACCAAGGACAAUCUUCAAGCCAUCAAUCAAAUAGACUAAAAAAAGUAAAAAUGCGUCAAAUCGAGUGCAAAAGUGUUAAAGUUAAAAUUAUUGUUUCUCUGUUUGACUAUACUUUUGCCAUGUAACUGAUUCUUUACAAUGGGACAAAAAUAUUAUAAAGAAAACAAUUUGGGUGCCAAUAAUAGUCUGAAGUCAAUAUACUCAUUAUACGUCUCUGGUGCCUUUAAUAAUGUAUUAUACACGUACUGUACAUUUUGCGCAUGUAAUUUAUAUUAUUCUAUUAUAUCUGUAGACUAAAGGACCGCGGUCGAAAUUUACUUAUUUUUAUUAAGUUUCAUCGAAUAUAAAUACACAGAUUUCUAAUUACAA